GUGUUCAAUAUCCACCGCCAUUUUGCAAAUAUCAGCGUUUGGGGAAUGUCGGGCCACAUAGUUUUUUACAUUUGACAUGCUAACUUCAUAUAUUUGACGUGUAUAAGUGAUUUUUCGUGCAGAAUUUCAACAACACAAUAGUUUUUCAACAUUUCCUGAUAGUUUCGUGCUCCGAAAAAUUUUUUUUAGUCAUUAUGCCUCGGUACUAUCCCAAACAAGAGAAAAUUGUUGAUUUCGACAACAUUUUGGAGGCGAUCAAGUCGGUGAAAAUACAUCACAACAGCGUUCGACAAUCUGCGACGGCACACAAAAUUCCGAGGACCAACCUGAUGCGUUAUAUUGCAGCAUUUGAUGGUGCGAGCAUCGACGUUACUACUGCCAAUGCCGAUGUAAUGAAGAAUUUGCUGGCUGAAAGCACGACGAUGGGCACAAAAACAAUCUUCAACAUCGAACAAGAAAAGGCGCUGAUAAGCUACAUUCUCCAGGCCAGCGACAUCAACUAUGGAAUUAGUUUGAUGGAGCUUCGUAAGCUCGCGUAUGAAUUUGCUCGGAAAGUUGUCGCGUCGUAUCCGGAUCCAUGGAACGACAAUCAACAGGCGGUAAGGAUUGGCAGUUGGCGUUCAUGAAACGCCACAAAAAUUUGUCACUGCGAACACCAGAGCAAGUAAGCCAGAGCCGUGCGAAGCGAUUCAACAAAGAAAUUUCGAUGCAUUCUUUGCCAACCUUUCAUCCGUUCUCGGUAAGACGCCGUUUGAACCCCACCGAAUAUGGAACAUGGAUGAAACCGGGUGCCCGACCGUGCCAACCACACCUGUCAAAACCAUCGCGCGAGUUACGUUUUCUGCGACGGCACAGAAAAUGUUUUAUUUUGAAUAAAAGACCUUUCACCGUACUGUGUGGUUUACCGUCAGGUUCUUUAUUAAAUUAUUAUUUCAUUCUUAAACUAUG